CUGUGGAGCUUCUUCAUGCCAGAUGCUAGGCAGUGGUCGAACUGGGAAAGUUCAGACUACAAGGGCAGGCUAUACUGAGCCUUCGGCGAACCCCCUCGUUAAAUAAUCGGGCGAUGGCUUCCAGUGGACUGCUUAGUGUUCGGCUCUGGCGGAACGAGAUUCUCAGUACCUGCCAGUAUCUGACCUAGUUGGCAGUUUGCUCCACCUCGAUCCUAAUCAACCUGCUGUGCAAGUCGACUGCCAUGCAAUCGUAUCUUUAUUUAUCACAACAGGCAAAUAGAGAGGCUCUGAAAUUCAGAGGAAGAUCACUUGUGCGGCUCACCGCCCUGGGAAUUAUGUUUUGCGAUUCCUGAUGUCUCCGAUGUGUACGCUCUCGACAAAUGACCCGUUGCUGGAGGAAUCUGUUGAGAUUUACCCGUAUCUCUUUGAUUUGCCUCGUAGCAUCUUGGACCGUGGGCAGAUACGUUAUACCAUUUCAAGUCCUGACCAGCUUCUCAGUUUCGUACUAGGUAUUUUGUUCUACGGUCUUCAGAUCUGUGUCUAUCGUCAGGUCAUCAUUAAUAUCAUCAAGUUGUCACUUGCACCGCAGCCAUCGUCAAUUAUUGCCAUUCCUUCACCGACUAAGGACCUCCGUCACCUUGACCUAUGCAAAAGAGACUACCGUCGAACGGAGCAAUCAAUCAAUCGGUACUCAUAUUACACCAAGAAGUAUCUCAGAACUUGGACCAGCAAGGCUGCGAUAGCCUCAGAUAGUGUUCCUGGAUCUCCCGGCCAAAUCGUCGCAUAUACGCCGACGUUCUACGGCCUCUCGAUGCCAUGACUUCGCAGCGGUCGAUAUCCCCAAAUUUCAUAUUCUCUUGGGCUACCUGUGGGACAGCAGGUCCGUGCUACGGAACAUACUUAUCAUGUUGGACGGCGCUAAAAGUUGACCGGGUAAUGACAAGCGCCGCUCUCAGCGAGGCACAGCUGCACU